GACCAGACCAACCCGCCCUUCGCGGUGUUCAUGUUCCAGCUCGCGCGCCCGGAGGCGGACCCCGCCUGCCGGGGCCUCAGCAGCGACGGCAGCGCCGAGGCGGGCCGGGCGGGCCCCGGCGCCCUGGACGGCAGCCCGCUGAGCCGCCGGGCCGACUCGCCGAGGCCCGCAGCAGCGUCGGGCGUGGAGCACUUGGUCACGGAGCAAUGGGUGCAGAGCAACUGGGACAUCCGCACGCCCAUCCCGGGAGGCCAACGACAUCGCCAGCACACGCGCGCACGGGCUCCUCGGAGGUUCGCGCGGGGAGCUCUCUCGAGUCGGCGCCGCGUGAGUGGUGCGUGCGGGCCUCUGGAAGCGUGUGGCCGUGCGUCCGUCGCUGGCCUCCUGCCCGUCGGCAGCGGCAACUUCAGCGAGGUCCGCCUCGGCGUGCCGGUCCGUGGAGGGGAUCCGCGCGACAUGAAGCGGGCGGUGAAGGUGAUAGACAAGAGGAGUUUUGCCGCCUUCCAGGCCAAGCGAGGGACGCACCUCUCGCUCAGAGACGAGGCGACGAUGCUCAUGGGGCUCAGCCAUCCAGGCAUCGUGCGGUGUUACGACUUCUUCGAGACGCAGCAGCACCUGUACGUCGUCAUGGAGCUCGUGGAGGGCGGGAACUUGCUGAAUUGCAUCGUCGAGGGCGGUGCCUUCGAGGAGACUCAGGCGCGUCGUGUCUUCGGGCAGCUGGCGGAGGCGAUCUGCUACCUUCACUCGAGGAGCAUAGUUCACCGAGGUCGGCCGACCUCAAGCCCGAUAACAUACUCGUCACGUCAAGGGACCGGGCGACGCUGGACCUAAAGAUCGCGGACUUCGGGCUCGCCCGUAUGAACAUGAGGACGCGGGACUGUAGAACGUUUUGCGGCACGCCCUACUACUACGCGCCCGAGCUCAUCUACACGUUCCGCGCUAGCAGUGAGAAUGCGGAGGCGCCGGGUCAGGUGGGCACAGCGGAGGCCGGCUACGGGAAGCAGGUGGACAUGUGGGGCAUGGGAGUCAUUCUCUACAUCCUGCUCAGCGGCGCGCCGCCGUUCGAGGAGGAGGGGCUCUACGACCAGAUCUGCCAGGGCAUGUAUGAGUUCGACGCCGAGCAGUGGGCCGAGGUGUCUCUGGCCGCCCGGCUCCUGGUGCAGCAGCUGAUGACCGUGGACCCCAAGGACCGCCUGGACGUCCAGCAGACGCUCCAGCACGCCUGGCUGCGGCACGACGGCGCACCGCCGCCCGCGGGCGCGCCGCUCGGCCACGCGCACUCGGCGCCGCCCCCUGGCGCCGGGCACGCCCCCACGGCAGCGGGUGUGCCGCCCACGGCGCCGCCCGGCGCGCCGGCCGCGGCCUCCCCGGCGGCGGCGGCGCCCCCGAAACGGGCGGCGCCCGCGCCGGCUGCCGGAGCGGAGGCGGGCGGGGCUCCCGCGGGCGCGCCGACGCCGGCGAAGGCGCGGGCGGAGGCCAGCCCGGAGGCGAAGCGCCGCCGCUGCGGGGGCGGCGCGGCACCCGUGGCCGAGAGGCCCGUGCAAGAGGCCCGUGCGGAAAGCUGA